CUGGCACUUCCCUUGCCACUAAAGAAAAGGACGUGGACUUCCGGUAGGCUGAGGCUCUAGGCAGCAAGUUAUACAGUGUUAUCAAACCGCUUCGUCAGUCAGUAGUUUUCAUAUUUCGGACGCUCAUUCAGUCGUGUUUUCGUGUUUCGUUCAGCGGAAGUGUUCGCAGGAGGAUUGUCUGCUGCAGUCUGCGGUCGAAAGAGACACUAACUGGAAGAGCCAGUCUUGGGCGAAUUAAAACAGGGAAGCUUGACAUUUCCGCUUCACAGGAGAUAAACAACGCUCGGCAAGAAAGACAGGAAUCUCGGCCUAAACAUCAUCAUGUUGUUGCGUAAAGUUACUCAGAGUCCCGCGAUCUGCAGCUCUGUCUUCCGUCUACAACCAGCGAUUACAGGAGUGCAGCGCCAAACUGGAGCUCUUGUGGCAGUGCGAAAUGCUCGUUUUUACGCAAGUCAGGCCGCGGAGGCUGUUCUGGACAAGAAUGUAGUCGGCAGCGACGCCACAACGACAGCUGAGAAGGUUGAUAAGAUGGCUAUUGUGGAGUCAAAGUCCUUCGCUGUGAACAUGUUCAAAGGGCAAAUCAGCACUUCUCAGGUGUUCCCCUUCCCCUCAGUGCUCAAUGAAGAGCAGUCACAGUUCCUCAAGGAGUUAGUUGGGCCAUGCAGUAAGUUUUUUGAGGAAGUGAAUGACCCCAUGAAGAAUGAUGCUCUGGAGAAGGUGGAGGAACACACAAUGGAAGGCCUGAAGGAGAUGGGAGCUUUUGGUCUUCAGGUGCCUGCAGAUCUUGGUGGUGUGGGACUCACCAACACACAAUAUGCCAGGCUGGUGGAGAUUGUUGGGAUGCAUGAUCUGGGUGUGGGCAUCACUCUUGGGGCCCAUCAGUCCAUUGGCUUCAAAGGCAUCCUGCUUUUUGGUAACCCUCAGCAGAAAGAGAAGUACCUUCCAAAGCUGGCCACUGGAGAGCAUAUUGCUGCCUUCUGUCUUACUGAACCAGCGAGUGGUUCUGAUGCAGCCUCCAUUAAAACCAAUGCAGUUCGAUCCCCCUGCGGCCAGUACUACACCCUGAAUGGAAGCAAGAUCUGGAUCAGUAAUGGAGGCAUUGCUGAGAUCUUCACUGUGUUUGCAAAGACUCCCAUGAAGGAUGAGAAGACUGGAGAGAUGAAGGACAAAAUUACAGCGUUCAUUGUGGAGAGGAGCUUCGGAGGAGUCACGCAUGGUCCACCUGAGAAAAAGAUGGGCAUUAAAGCAUCCAACACGGCAGAAGUGUAUUUUGAGAAUGUGCGUGUCCCUGCGGAGUGUGUGCUGGGAGAGGUUGGAGGUGGAUUCAAAGUGGCCAUGAACAUCCUCAACAAUGGCCGCUUCGGCAUGGCCGCCGCUCUCUCUGGCACCAUGAAGGGUGUCAUCUCCAAAGCGGUUGACCAUGCUGCUAACCGGACUCAGUUUGGUAACAAGAUCCACAACUAUGGUGCUAUUCAGGAGAAGAUGGCCAGAAUGGCAAUGCUUCAGUAUGUGACCGAGUCCAUGGCUUACAUGGUUAGUGGGAAUAUGGACAGCGGAGCCACUGAGUUCCAGAUCGAGGCGGCCAUUAGUAAAAUCUUUGCUUCUGAAGCAGCUUGGUUGGUGACGGAUGAAUGCAUUCAGAUCAUGGGUGGAAUGGGAUUCAUGAAGGACGCUGGUGUGGAACGAGUAUUGAGGGACCUGCGAAUCUUCAGAAUCUUUGAGGGAACCAAUGACAUCCUGCGACUAUUCGUAGCGCUCAACGGCUUCCAGAAUGCAGGCAAUCAGCUAAAGAGCUUGCAGAAAGCUCUGAAGAACCCUUUUGGUAAUGCUGGGAUGUUGACGAGUGAAAUCACAAAGCGAGCCAAGAGGAAGGCAGGCUUGGGGACAGGACUGAGUUUGCAGGGAACGGUCCAUCCAGAAUUAAACCACAGUGGAGAAUUGACUGUUAAAGCCAUCGAGCAGUUUGGAGCUGUUAUUGAAGAGCUUCUCCUGAAACAUGGAAAGAGAAUCAUUGAUGAACAGUUUGUUCUGAAGCGAGUUGCAGACUGUGCCAUUGAUCUGUACGCCAUGGUUGUGGUCUUGUCCAGAGCAUCCAGGUCUCUCAGCCAAGCUCACCCUUCUGCACAGCACGAGAAGAUGCUGUGUGAAACCUGGGUUACUGAGGCCCAUGAGAGAGUCAUGCAGGACAUCAAGUUCCUCAGGUCAGGGUCAUCCAAGCAGAUCUUCAAGAACUUGCGUGCCAUUUCUGCUGCUGUGGUAGAAAACGGAGGGGUGGUAUCUCCUCAUCCUCUGGGCUUUUAAAUCACCCAAGCAUCUCUUCUCUAACCAGUCAGUCACACCUGCCCAUAUCUCUUAACCUAGACUGUUCAGUGCUCCAAUCCAUGAUGAGUGGAGUCUGUCACAUUGUGUACUUCGACCACAGGAGUGCUUUAAUGUUUUAUAAUAAUGUAUGUAAAUUAAUGAGUAGGACUUGCAGAUUUAGGUGUACGUUGAAGAUCAGUUAAGUACUUUUUGUAUAUGUUAUCAAGCCUAAAUAAAAAAUAUAUAUAAUAAUUAUAAUAAAUUAACCCAUGGUGAAACCUAGUCUGCUUUGAAGAGCGUUAAAACUCUGACUGAAGUACUUCAGACUCGUCAACAAACCUCAGCCCAAUAUCCGGUCUAGCUGCUAUUUUGCAAAUGUUUUCAAUAUGUCAUUGUUGGACAACAUUUUUAUUUAUCGGUUUUACAUUGAACCUCACCUUUAGCUGAACCCAUGGUUUUAAUGUGAAGCGUCGUAUCCAGACUUACCCAGAAGUUUUUUCUCACAGCUAAAAAAGAAACUCUGUUGAGUCUCAUAUCAUGAACAAGUCAUUUGUCUCUGUUACUAAGAAAUGUUUUGUUUUGGUGAACUAAAUAACAUUAUGAUCUUAACAUUAAAUACAAAAGAUCUUUAUUAAAAAUGGCCAAUACCACAUAAACGUCUGGAAUUUAGAAAUUACACAGAUGUAUGAUGCCUGUGAGAGAUGUAUGUUUGUUCCUCCUGUUGGAUUUUUUUGUAAAGCCAUUUAUUUUAAAUGAUUUUUUUUCCCUUUCAUUUUCUGUUGCAUUUCCCCUAAGGCAUGUAAUUACUAAUAAAGCAAACAUACAAAAAACACCUGUUAACAAU